AUGUCUUUUCACUCGGGUCGCGGAUGUCCCCGUGGACGGCCUCCCCCAGGCCAGCACGGCUCUCCUCAGAAUUACCGCCCCACUGGCCUGCGUCUGCCCACCCCCCAGCCCCCAAUGCCCCCCUACCCAUACGACCCCCCUGCGCCACACUGCUCUGGGUACAGUGUGCAGGGCGCCAACAGCUACAUGCCCCCGCGUCCUGAAUUCAUGCCCUACCCCAUACCCGCCUUGUCCCAGGGCCCUCAGAGUCAGUGCCCCAUCCGCCCCCCCUUCCCAAACCCUCCUCUCCGACAGGGCUUCCCCGAACCUCCGAAUUUCCCCCCACCUCCCCUGCCUGGCUCCUCCACUAACGUGGCGCAGUCUCAAGGAUCAAAUCCCUACAUGAUUUCCUCAGUACCGCCCCCGCCUCUGCCACCGGUGCCACCCUCAAUGCCACCCUCCAUGCCCUACCAGCCCCCCUACUCCAUGAGCUACCCACCGCAGCCCCAUUUCCCCCCUCCCCCCACCUUUAACCCCGGUUACCCCCAGCCUGAAGGCAGCUCCUUUAAACCGGAACACUUCCCUCGGCACCCGCCGCAGUACAAAGGGGAAAAGUCACGGUCACCCGAGCGACCGCGGCGGCAUGAGGAGCACCGCCACAAGAGCUACGGGUACAGCGGGCAUGGAGAGAGGCAUAAAGCGGAGUAUGGAGGAGAGAGAAAGGACCGAGGGAGGAGUCCAGAGGUACAGAGACGGAGGACAGAGAGGUACAGGAGUGAACACGAGAGAGGAAGAACGCCUCCGAGGCACCGGAGCCGAGAGCGCAGCAGAGAGCGCUAUCGGCACAGAGACAGUAGAAGCUCUCCUUCCUCAGACAGACACCGGAAGAGGCCACGCAGUCGCUCGGCCAGCAGAGAGAGAAAGCGGGGGCGAAUGGAGGAAGAAAGAGAGCGGAGGAGUGAGGGAGGAAACAGAGAGAGGAGCUACACUUCCACCAGGAGCAGCAGAGAGUCAGAGGAGAUAUCCUCCGAUCAGAGGCACGAUGAGGAGAAGGAGGAGGAGGAGUUACUGAAACCAGCCUGGAUCCGCUGCACUCAUGCCGAAAACUACUACUCUAAUGACCCCAUGGACCAAGUGGGUGACUCGACAGUGGUGGGAACCAGUAAGCUGAGGGACCUGUACGAGCGUUUUGAGGAGGAGCUGGGCCGCAGGCAGGAACGAGCCAAAUCCUCCAGACCCAAGUGGGAGCCGCCAAAAACCAAACUGGACUUGGAUCAGGAUGAAAGCUCGAGUGAGUCUGAGUGUGAUUCUGAUGGAGACAGUAGCUGUUCCAGCAGCUCAGACUCUGAGGUGUUUGAUGUCAUUGCUGAGAUAAAGAGGAAGAAAGCCCAUCCUGACCGCCUUCACGAUGAACUGUGGUACAACGACCCCGGACAGAUGAAUGAUGGUCCUUUGUGUAAGUGCAGUGCAAAAGCUCGGAGAACAGGAAUCCGUCACAGUAUCUACCCCGGAGAAGAGCCAGUGAAGCAAUGUCGCCCAAUGAAUAACAACGCUGGAAAACUUUUCCACUACCGAAUCACAGUGUCUCCUCCCACCAAUUUCCUGACUGACCGGCCCACAGUGAUCGAGUAUGAUGAUCACGAGUACCUGUUUGAAGGAUUUUCUCUCUUCUCCCACACUCCUCUCACUAACAUUCCUUUGUGCAGAGUAAUUCGCUUCAACAUUGAUUACACCAUUCACUUCAUAGAGGAAAUGUCUCCUGAGAAUUACUGUGUGAAGGGGUUGGAGCUUUUUGCCUCGUAUCUGUUCCAGGACAUCCUCGAGCUGUACGACUGGAACCUCACAGGUCCAGAGCACAGUGACCCCCCUGGCUGCCAGAGGUUUCACUUCAUGCCUCGAUUUGUCCGUUUCCUCCCAGAUGGAGGUAAAGAGGUGCUGUCUAUGCAUCAGGUGCUGCUGUAUUUAUUACGCAGUAAUAAGCCUCUGGUUCCUGAAGAGGAAAUUGCUAACAUGCUACAGUGGGAGGAGCUAGAAUGGCAGAAAUAUGCUGAGGAGUGCAAGGGCAUGAUUGUCACCAACCCUGGCAUGAAACCCAGCUCGGUACGGAUUGACCAGUUGGAUCGUGAACAGUUCAACCCUAAUGUCAUCACUUUCCCCAUCAUUGUACACUUCGGCAUCCGGCCUGCUCAGCUGAGCUACGCUGGAGACCCCCAGUAUCAAAAGCUGUGGAAGAGUUACGUCAAGUUGCGCCACCUGCUGGCCAACAGCCCCAAGGUGAAGCAGAUCGAUAAGCAGAAGCUGACGCAAAGAGAGGAGGCUCUGCAGAAGAUUAGGCAGAAGAACUCAAUGAGGAGAGAGGUUACAGUGGAGCUCAGCAGCCAAGGCUUCUGGAAGACCGGAAUCCGCUCUGAUGUGUGCCAGCAUGCGAUGAUGCUCCCAGUCCUUACACACCAUAUCCGUUACCACCAGUGUCUGAUGCACCUGGAUAAGCUCAUCGGAUAUACCUUCAAGGAGCGCUGCCUGCUGCAGCUGGGUAUGACCCACCCUAGUCAUCACCUGAACUUUGGGAUGAACCCUGACCACGCCCGCAACUCUCUGUCCAACUGCGGCAUCCGGCAACCAAAAUAUGGAGACAGGAAAGUCCAUCAUAUGUACAUGAGGAAGAAAGGAAUUAACACUCUUAUUAACAUCAUGUCACGACUGGGCCAAGAUGACCCCACCCCCUCCAGGAUUAAUCAUAAUGAACGGUUGGAGUUCCUCGGUGAUGCUGUGGUGGAGUUUCUCACCAGCGUUCAUCUGUUCUACCUGUUUCCGAAUCUGGAGGAGGGCGGAUUAGCGACGUAUCGCACUGCUAUCGUCCAGAAUCAACAUCUAGCCAUGCUAGCCAAGAAACUGGAGCUGGACCGGUUCAUGCUGUACGCUCACGGCCCUGACCUGUGCAGAGAGUCUGACCUCAGGCAUGCCAUGGCCAACUGCUUUGAAGCUCUAAUAGGGGCAGUUUACUUGGAAGGCGGGUUGGAGGAGGCCAAGCAGCUCUUCGGGAGGUUGCUGUUUAACAGCGAGGGACUGAGGGAGGUCUGGCUGAACUACCCUCCACAUCCAUUACAGGUGCAGGAGCCGGUGACAGACAGGCAGCUGAUAGAGUCUUCUCCCGUACUGCAGAAACUAACGGACUUUGAGAAGGCUAUUGGAGUUCUGUUCACACAUGUCCGGCUACUGGCCCGAGCCUUCACCCUCCGCACCGUGGGCUUCAACCACCUCACACUAGGACAUAACCAGAGGAUGGAGUUUUUGGGAGAUUCCAUCAUGCAGCUGGUGGCCACUGAGUAUCUGUUCAUUCACUUCCCUGACCACCACGAAGGACAUCUGACGCUGUUGCGGAGCUCGUUGGUGAACAACAGGACGCAGGCUAAGGUGGCAGAAGAACUGGGCAUGCAGGAGUACGCCAUCAGCAACGACAAAACCAAGCGGCCUGUGGCUCUGCGGACCAAAACGCUAGCUGACUUGCUGGAGUCUUUCAUCGCGGCACUUUAUAUAGACAAAGACCUCGAGUUUGUUCACACUUUCAUGAACGUCUGCUUCUUUCCACGUCUGAAGGAGUUUAUCUUGAAUCAGGACUGGAACGAUCCCAAAUCUCAGCUCCAGCAGUGCUGUCUCACGCUGAGGACGGAGGGCAAGGAGCCAGACAUCCCUCUAUACAAAACAUUGCAGACGGUUGGCCCGUCCCACGCUCGGACCUACACUGUGGCUGUGUACUUUAAAGGGGAGCGAAUAGGCUGUGGAAAAGGACCCAGCAUCCAGCAGGCUGAGAUGGGUGCCGCUAUGGACGCUCUGGAAAAAUAUAACUUCCCUCAGAUGGCUCAUCAGAAACGCUUCAUUGAGCGGAAGUACAGGCAGGAGCUGAAGGAGAUGAGGAGGGAGCGAGAGCGGCAGGAGCGAGAGAGUGACGAGGGAGAAGACGGACGAAAAUGAGCGAGGGGAGAAAAAAAAGAAGACGGGCAGACCAGGCCAGGAGGAGGUAGACUGGACGUAGUUAUAUACCCAACGCAUAACGCCAAAGUCAAAUUUACACCAGUCUUCUUUCUAGAAGGUUCUAAUGCAAAGAAUCUGAUUAAAGCGAGAGUUUUGUGAAAAAUCAACACAAUUUUGUACCACAUAUGCAGUCAGUAAACCAAGACUGGAGCUGCGAGGCCAGUGUAGCUAAGCAGUGGAAGCUUACAGCCCACCAAUUAGCAGGCAGCAGCUAACUGCGCUGAGUUGUUAAGCAACCUCAAUUUAGACUUGCUUGUGUAGUUUCUGACACUGUAGACACUGUACACUGUACCCAACGACUCAGCAUGGUUUGAGACAACUGUAUGUCACAGAGAAAUGCUAAUUAGUGGGGUAUAAGCUUUCAUAACUCGUUAGCUACAUUUAUCUCGUACCUCCAGUGCAGAACUAAAGAAGCAAACCUAAGACACCAAAUGUGUCUUGGCUGAUUGGACAGCUGUGUAAUUCGGUUUGGUUUUGUAAAUUUUGCCAAACUAUCGUUUUAACAUUUGUUCAGACGUGUUGUUUGAUGUGAUUGCUUUGUCAUUUUGUUUGUUUGUUUUAUCACUUUGUGCUAUUUGUGAAUGUAAUAAUAAAAUGUGAUUUAUAUAAACUCAGACUGUUAAGACUGGACUAGGCUUACUAAUAAAGAAAUAAACCAGACUGUCUGAAA